AUAUUAAAGCGUGCUUGAAUGUCGGAACUAAGUCGAAACAAAUUUAAUACCGGAUUAAAAACGAAAUUAAAUAUAUAAAAUGCGGUUGUACUUGAUUUUCAUAUUUUUAAAUCUACUUUAUCUGGCCCAAAUAACAUCACUUCCAGCAGUAAAACCUCCUGAAAAUAAUGAUUCGGUUCUUACUAAAAUCAAAGCCUUUUUGCACUUUCUGUUUAGGCCAGAGUCGGGCGUACGAAAUCGUUUAUUGUCUCAAAUCGAACGAAAUCCAAAUACUCCUGUCUAUGUAAACUAUCAUGAUGACGAUGGUAAAGUAUACAAGUUAAGUUUGCAUACGUAUACUAAAACUGAGAACAAUGAAGACAACGCGAACCAACUCAUGUACGAAUUUAAUAAUGAGGACAAUAAAUAUUCAAAUAGAGGGCGCAGCGGAAAUUUAGCAAGCAUUAAUUAUGAAUAUGAAGAAUAUGAAAAUGAUCAAAGUAAAGAUGAUGAUGAGCACAAUAGGGAUUAUCGAUAUCGUGCGAAAACACAUGGUAGACAAGAUGAAUACCACAAUGAAAAUCGUGGUCGCCAAUCAAACAGGGACGACGAUUGUGAUGAUGAAAGUGACAAUAGCGAAGAAGGUAACGAAAAGAACGCUCGCAAUAAAUAUGAACGUCACACCUUUAAUUAUGAACAAAGUUAUCAAUAUAAUAAGAACAGGCGAGACGCGAAUUUUGAUUAUGAAAAUGACUAUCGCACACAUGAGAAUGGCCAAGACGGGGAAGACAACCAUUUCAGAGAUAACGAAAGUGGUGAUAACCAUCAAUAUGCGCGUGAUAGGUUCGAUUAUAAAUAUAAUUAUCAAUAUCGCAAGAAGCGAGAUAAAGGCAGCGAAUAUUUCCCCGAUAACGAAAAUCGGGAUCGUUCUCAAAGUCAAGAUGAUAACUUUAUUUACCAAACCGGGUAUGAAAGACGUGACACUAACAAAGACCAAGGAGACUACAAUUCCAAUGACAAAAAGAAUGAUGGUCACAACCAAUACCGCCAGAACAGCUUUCAUUAUAAGCACAAUCAUCAAGUUCGUAAGUUCAGACGAAAUAAAGAAAAUCAAAGAUCGCCUCAAAGAAGAGACGAAUAUUUGAGUUAUGAAAGUAACUAUCAGAGACGUGAGAAUAAUCCGAAUGGAGAAGAUUACGGGGCUAGGCAGAAAAGGAAGAGCAACUCCAAUUAUGGAAGCAAUCAAGAUGACGGAAGCAAACAUAUUGACCGGAACCAAAAAGAAAUUGAAAAUUCUAGUAACGAAAAUAGUCAAGAAAACCGUGGUAAAAAGAAAAAGGCGGAGAGUUAUUAUAACUAUUUCAUGGGUGGUGAAAAUAAUGUUCGUAAUCAAUUUGGAGAUAACCACUUUAAUUAUAACAAUGUGUAUGGAGGCAAUGGAAAUAAUCAAGGUGGACAAAAUUAUUAUUUUAACGUUGGUACAGAGAGUCGGAAAGAAGGUAGUAGCGAAAAAAAUCAAAAGAUCAGCGGUAAUGAUAUUGAAGAACACAGUGACGACAAGAAAACGGUGAAAGGCAACUUUCAAGACGAUACGAAGAAGAGGCAAAAUGAAGAAAACAACGGCUUGAACGAAAGUAACGAACGGAGUGAAGAGAACACAGAGGAAUUUAAUUAUCAAAGCCACUAUCGUAAGAAUAACAACCAUGGAAAAAAGUUUUAUUCUGAAAACAACAAUUAUGGUCGCUAUAACUACGAACGCAAUGAUUCCGACUAUGAAAAUGAUUAUCAAAGUGAUGACUAUAAUCAAGGUGACGAGAUGAUAAAAGAUGGUGAUAAAAGUAAUAAUCGCAAUGUCAGUAACGUGAAUUAUGAGAUUAACCGUCGCGAAAAUUAUCAAAACGGUGAAAACGACAUGAAAAGCACUCACCGCAGUGAAAAAAGAAAAGACAAUUUUGAGUAUCGACACGAGUAUGAAGAGUAUGAUGGGACGGACAACAAACAUAAUGAAAAUAAUCAGAAUAGAAAAGAUUACUUAUAUGUCAAAAGACAAUCCUAUGACCCCAGUCGUCACGGUGAUAGUGACAAUAAGUACAACGACGACUAUGAAUAUUUUGAGAUUAAUCAAGGCAAGAACUAUUAUUAUUUAAACAAUGAUGAAAAUCGUGAGUAUAGACAGCCUGGAAGAAACUACUAUCAGUACUACGACGUGAACAACAAAAAUUUAAACUCCGCCAAUCAAUAUGAGGAAUAUGAAAAUAAUCAAGGUGAUGGCGGGUAUCAUUUCGUCGAUUUCAGCUACGACUCCAAUGACUAUAACACUGGCUAUCAAGAUGAUAGGAGUAAUCGCCAGCAACAGUAUAACUACAUAAACAACGAUGGAAAUAGUAGACAUUAUCGCAACGAUGAAGAAAACAGUAGACAUAACAAAUAUCGUGAUUGGCAUGAAGAGAGACAUACUAAACAUAAAGGCUCUUCCCAUGAUGAUCAAAAGAUAAAAUUUGGCAAUAGUAAUCAAGAUGAGUCACAUGAAGAUACAAAAACAGAUGAAGACGAAAAAAACUGCCAUGAAGAGAAUAUGAAUAAACAUAACACCCAAAGUCAUGAGAAUGGUGAUUCCAAAGAGAAUACUAACAGCAGCGGUAAUGAUAACGAUGAUAAUGAUAGUGGUAAUGAUAAUAAAGAGGAGCAACCAGAGCAUGGUGAAAUAAAAAAAAUGAAUGAAAAUAGCCAAAGCGAAGAUAGACCCGAUAAUGAAGGUGAGACGAACGUUAACUUCGAAGAAAGCAAUGAGAGUGAAGGCAACCAAAGUGAUAAGCAAGAGGAGCGACAAGAAACGAAUGACACCAACAAUUGCGAAACCGGCAAUGGUCAAGACGAACAACGGAAUUCAGAAGAAGAAGGAGGCAGUGAUGAAGAAAAAGGAGGUAAUAAGAAUUCAGGAGACAAUGAAAACGAAAAGCAAACCAAAGACGAUAAACGAGACGGUGAUAGAGGCAAUGAACGGGAGACAACUGACAACCAGGUUAAUGACGAAGGUGAUAAAAAUGUUAACUCCGAAGAAGACAAUGAUGAAGAAAAUAACAACGAUGAAAAAAAGGGCGAGAAACAAGACGAUCAGAAACAAGAAACAAACGAAAACGACGAUAGUGACACCGAGAACGAUCAGAAUGGCCAACAGGAUUCAGAAAGCAAAGAGAACAAAAAAGAUAACACUGAUGAAAAAGAAGAAGGCAAUAAGAUAGAUGUGAAAGAAAAAGAAACAAGUGAAAAUGAAAUUGAUGAAAAGAAGGAAAAGAACGAAAACACUAAAUGUGACACUGAGAAAGAUAAAUGUACUAACAAGGACUCCUAGCAUAAACAGGACAAAAAAAAGAAAAGCAGUGAAGAAGAAGAAGAAGAAGGAAGAGAUGA